AUGAAGGCCCAGAAGGAGCCAGCCAUAUAUCUCCCGUCCGCCAAUGAACAAUGCGUAUCUCCUGUUCCGACUUCGUCGUUAUCAGACGAUGAGAAGGAAAAUGCCACGUCCUUGUUCAUAACAUAUGUCCUUGUCCUUGGCCGGAGCCUGGAAUCCUCACGGGGCCUCCUGGAACUGUUGACCCCGGCUCUAGCCCUGGAGGUUGAUGAUUCGCCGCUAUCUCUUUCAUUACACGCCGCCGCCAUCCAGUUGUGGUGUUUAAUAAAUUCAAGAUCAUUCUCCUCUUCCGACAAAAUACUCACUCAGGCGUAUUCGCGUCUGAGAAACGCAAUUCAAGACCCAUUGCAGCGUCGCUGUGAGAGUAAUGUUUUGGCUGCGCUCCUCUUGCAACGAUAUGAGCGCUUUUCGGCUGUGUGGAAUCAACAUGAACAAUGUCACGUUCAUCGAAAUGGUGCAUUAGCUUUGCUAAGACAGCAAAAGCUGGAUGGAAUCAAUUCCAAGCAUCGAGGCUAUUUGAUAUCUCAGUUGUUUCACAUCGAGGUUAACAUUUGCAUUUCCAAGAAAAUCCCGUUUCAGGCAAGUGAGAUCACCUGGUUGACAGACCAAGAUCUUUCGAUCUUGCCAUCAAACCCAAGCACGGCUCUGGAUACCAUCGGUGCUUCUAUUGCCAACCACCAGCACAAAUUCUACCUAUUAUCAGCAGACAGAUUCACCACAGCUCCAAACCCAGACUUGUCGCAGUGGCAUCAAGACCUUCAAGACACUGAGGACCAACUGCACAGUUGGCCAAACACUUUGCCCAGACACUGGCUUCCGCAGACGCUUGAAUCUGGAAAGCACUUUGAUCAAUCGAUUAUCACGUAUGAGGGAUAUGGCGACGUUUAUCCCAACAUCCAAAUUGCAUCAAUUUGGAAUCUAUGGCAUACAUAUUGCCUUCUCCUGCUGCAAAUCAAACUGGCUCUUCUUGACUUCCUCCCAAGCUCAUAUGAGCUAGUAGGUACUACGCGAGACCCCCUCAGACCUGAUUUCAGGGUCAAGUCGAUACAGUUGGCUCAAGACUUGGUUGAUUCGAUAUGCCAAAGUGUGCCCUUUCAUCUUGGCAACUAUAUUAAGCCUGCGUCGCUCUCUGAGCUGAUGGUUCCAACGAUCCUAUGUCCCAGCUAUCACGACAUGGAACCAUCCCAUAUACCAUACAGCUUGUAUCAAAAGAGCUCCCUUCUCAUGUCCAGAGAUGACCAUAGGCGGCAUGUCAUUUUUCAGGGUCCCUGGCACAUGAUGGGUACUUUGAGCCAUGUCCUGAGCAUCUUCGCGGACAAUGAAUCGAAUAUUCUAGUACACGCCUUGAGAGAAGGUCAGAUGAAUUGGAUUCGGGCGCAGUUCCUCCGGGUGCUUGGAUUGCUUCGCAUAGAUCUUGACGGUUUGUCAACGAAUAAUCAGGAUACCUAUCAAGCAGAUCCAAGCCAUCUCCAUGGCUUGAAUACAGCUAAUGCUGAGAUUAUGGCAAAGAAAAUCUUGGCAGCAUUGGCAGGGUGA